GCAGCAGACUCAGAUGUUGUACAAUGCUCAGAUGUUAAAGGAUCUGUGUUUUAUCCCACAGCUGAUCUGUGAUCUGCUCUCUAUAACAGUACUAUGAGCAGCAGAGUGUGUGGCAGAGUCCUGCAGAGGCUGCAGACCAGCAGCUCAGCUCCUGCAGCUGCUGCAGCCUGGAGGAGCUGCAGACUGCAUGCAUGGCCGAGCUGUCAGCCUCACAGAGGAUUGUCUAACUCCAGCAGAGGAACCAUGAAUGUGUUUGAUCGGACCAUGAAGAGGAAGCAGAAGAACUGGGCAGCAGCUCUGCAGGACAGCAACCAGUUUGACUACCUGAGAGACGAGAAGUUGUGGAGCGUUUGUUCCUGACAGACAUCUCAGAGACGACUCUGAAACACAGAAGACAGAGUGAGAUCCCGACACAAUGCUUCCUGGCUGACGAGGAGUUUUUACCUUUUCCAGAAAACACCUUCGACCUGGUGAUGAGCAGCUUGAGUCUGCACUGGAUUAAUGACUUACCUGGAGCUCUGAGACAGAUCCAUGAGGUGCUGAAGCCGGACGGUGUGUUCAUUGGGGCGAUGAUUGGCGGGGAAACGCUGUACGAGCUGCGUUGUUCCCUCCAGCUGGCCGAGACCGAGAGAGAGGGAGGGUUUUCCCCCCACGUGUCCCCCUACACCGCCGUCACCGACCUGGGAAACCUGCUGGGCCAAUCCGGCUUCUCCCUGCUCACUGUGGAUGUUGAUGAAGUUCAGGUUCACUAUCCAGGAAUCAUUGAAGUGAUGACCGACUUACAAGGAAUGGGUGAGAGUAACUGUGCUUGGAACCGGAGGUCACUGUUGCACAGAGACACCAUAUUAGCAGCAGCAGCUAUUUAUAAAGAGAUGUAUGGAAACAAGGACGGGUCCAUCCCUGCCACCUUUGAGGUCCUCUACAUGAUUGGCUGGAAGCCUCAUGACUCACAGGCCAAACCAGCGAAGCGAGGCUCAGCCACCGUGUCGUUAGGGGAUUUGUCAAAUAUCAGCCAGCCAACCAACACAAAGAAGACAUAGAAACAUCUGAGCCACUGAUCAGCUGACACACUGAAGAUUGUAAAUACUAUAUUUUAUUUAAACACCUGUUUUCUAGCCAGACUAAG